AAAAUACGCACCGCUGCGCACUUUCCUUCCGUGAAUACGGAACGCUCAUCUGAGUUGCGCAAUUUCCGCAAGCGGUGCAGUCUGGGGUUCUGCUGCACUACACAGGGCUGGCGCAACUGGCUAGCUAGCUGAGCACUUGAAAUGGACGUGUUCUUGAUGAUCCGGCGUCACAAGACCACAAUCUUCACGGAUGCCAAGGAGUCUACCACUGUGUAUGAGCUGAAGCGUAUUGUUGAAGGAAUCCUAAAGAGAUCACCUGAAGACCAGCGGCUGUACAAAGAUGACCAGUCGCUAGACGACAGCAAAACUCUUGGAGACUGUGGAUUCACCAACCAGACUGCCAGACCUCAAGCGCCAGCUACAGUUGGUCUGGCUUUCCGCGUAAAUGAUGAGAUGUUUGAACAGCUCCACGUCGAGGCCUUCUCCAGCCCCCCGGAACUCCCCGACGUGAUGAAGCCCCAGGACUCCGGCAGCACGGCCAACGAGCAGGCCGUGCAGUGAUGGCGGGGAGAGGAAAGGAGCGAGGACAGGAAAGGAGCGAAGGGAGGAAGGAUGGAAGUGGGUGUGUGUGGAUUAACUGCAGUGGAGAAGUAGCAGGGCGGAAGAUAAUGUAAUAUAAUUUACGUUGAUGGAUGGGGACAUUAUAGGUAACCGAGCCUAUCCAUGUUACCGUCACGCUGUCAUCCCAACGUCUCCCAUUCUUUUCUUCUUUUUUUUUUUUGUUGAAAACUCUUUGAUAGUUUCCACAGCACGUUCUGCUCCUUGACUUUGCUCUUAAGCACCAACUGGCUAAACUUCCCGAGUGAAUGUGUUUGUUUGGAUUGUGUGUGUGUGUGUGUGUGUGUGUGUGUGUGAGAGAGAGAGCGAGUGAGCGAGCGUUAUUAUAAUUAUUGUCUUUAAUAUUUUGGAAAAGUGUAGUUGUGUGUCACAGUGCUCUAGAAGUAACAAGCCUCGGUAAAGAGUCGGGUGUGUCUGGCGAACUGCAUGAAGAAAAUUCAAAACCAAGGCUUUACAGACUAACCGUGAACUGCUGAGUUUACUUGGUGUGAUUCUGUUGUACAUUUCUGAUUUGAUUCCAUACCAGGAAAGAAAGCCUUUAUAAUGAUUCUACGUUGUUGGGUGUCAUCAUUUUGAUUUCAGUACUCGUCAGCUCUUGGUCGGUUUCACAGAAAGCUCCUGGGACAACAGGGGGACACGUUGGGUCCGAGGACACACAGGAUACACAGGAGGAGGGUUUUCUGUCGUUAAAACUUAAUCACCACAUGUCCCCAACUUCUAUGCGGGACCUUCCCCUAAUCACACAAACAUUGCCUGUAAUUGUGAGCUUGCAUAAUUAAAAGUUCUUCCUGUUUUGUUUUUUA